GGGAAGGCGCACGGGAGGAGAAUGCUGCGCGAUAUCCUGGCGGUCCGCGGUCCGGGGGAGGGUGGCUAGUGCGGCUGGCCCUCGGCCGGAGCCUGGGGAAUGGCAGGGCCUGGGCUUGGACUUCUCCCGAGGAGGAUUUUGUUUUCUACCCUCGGCUCCCAAAGAGGGCCCCAGCUUGCAGAUCAGUUUUGUAAUGCCAUUGGAGUGUUGCAGCAAUGCGGUCCUCCUGCUUCUUUCAACAAUAUUCAGACAGCAAUCAACAAAGAUCAACCAGCAAAUCCUACAGAAGAAUAUGCCCAGCUCUUUGCAGCAUUAAUUGCACGAACAGCAAAGGAUAUAGAUGUUUUGAUAGAUUCAUUACCUAGUGAAGAAUCUACAGCUGCUUUGCAGGCUGCAAGCUUGUGUAAGCUGGAAGAGGAAAAUCAUGAGGCUGCUACGUGUCUUGAAGAUGUUGUUUACAGAGGAGAUAUGCUUUUAGAAAAAAUACAGAGUGCUCUUGCAGACAUUGCUCAAUCACAGUUGAAGACAAGAAAUGGUACUCACAGCCAGUCUCUUCCAGAUUCCUAGCACCAGAGUCCAUACAGCACGUGGCUGAAAAAUUGAACUGUUUUAAAUACAACCUAAGUUCUGCAUCACAUUUAGAUGUGAAUUGUACCAACAUUUGCAAAAAACAUAAAGCACUGUGAGAUGACUUAUCUCUUUAGUAAUUCUGAACAAUCUUCCCAUGUCACUUUUGAUAUAGAAUAAGCCCUAUAAAAUGCUGAGUUGUGGUAAGUUUGUGAAUUGAAUCAGCUUUAAACUAUUUUGUUGUCAUUGUUUCCAUUGUUAUCUGUAUAAAGUUAAAUUUCCUUUUGCUUAUUGAGGAUAAUCUUGCUUUCAGGGUCUUAUUAAUAUAGUUAACUAGAGUCAGCUAUAAAGUCCUGUGUUGAAACAA